GAAAAAGAUCUGGAAAACAUGCCCAUCAUUCGAUACGAAGGAGAAGACUGCAACGAAGACAGUUGCAAUAUUUGUCUUGGCCAAUAUAAGAGAGGUGACGCUUUGAAACGUUUGAAUUGCAAGCAUGAAUAUCAUUCCGGUUGCAUCAAUGUUUGGUUGAAGCGCAAUAUUACCUGUCCCAUGUGCAGG